UAAGAGGCUUUCAAGGUGCACUGUACUUCUCAGACCAGAUCUUACUCAUAGAGGAAAUCUGAUCUGCUGCAGCGCGGAAACAUCAGCAGUGAAAUGGCGAGACAAAUUCCUUAGGGAGCUGCUUAUAAUCUUCAAGAGCACACAGCAACUCACCUCAAUUCCUUUGUGGACUGAUCAGGAGAGGAAACACUUGAAGAGAACUUCGCAGAAAAGAGAGGUUUUCAAGCCAAGUGUUCAUGAUAUGAUCCAGCUGGCUUACAGGGAUCAACAACCCACUUAUGAAAAAUGGUUAAAAACGAAUCCCACCUGGACAAUUUGACACUGGCAAUGCUCCAGAAUAAAACAGUCUCCAUCACCCUCCCAAUUGUGUAUACAGUAGUGGCUCUGGUCAGCAUCCCUGGCAAUUUAUUCUCCCUUUGGGUGCUCUGUUGGCGCAUCAAACCCAAAACACCUUCUGUUAUUUUCAUGAUCAACUUAAGCAUCACGGACCUUAUGCUAGCCUUAUGUUUCCCCUUCCAGAUUUAUUAUCACCUCCAAAACAAUCACUGGACAUUUGGCAAGACUCUUUGCAGCCUUGUGACAGUGAUGUUCUAUUCCAACAUGUAUUCUUCCAUACUGACCAUGACCUUUAUCAGCGUGGAGCGGUACAUGGGUGUGGUACACCCCUUGAAGUCGGUCAAGUGGAGAAGAAAAAGAUAUGCCUUGGCUGCCUGCCUAGCUAUGUGGAUUGCCUUGCUACUAGCCUUCUACCCACUAGAAACUACAGACCUGACCUAUGAAGUGAAAGAAUUAGGGAUUAUAACCUGUUUUGAUGUCCUUAAAUGGAAUAUGCUGCCCAACUUUGCAGCUUGGGUAGCCUUUCUCCUCACUUUAUUUGUUGUGCUGUUCCUGAUCCCUUUUGUUGUAACAGUUGGAUGCUACAUUGGUAUCAUUAGGAAGCUAAUUCAAACAUCAAGCAGAUACGGCAAUAAGCAAAAGACUAGAUCCAUAUACCUGGCAAUAAUUGUCCUUCUGUCCUUCAUCACUUGCUUUGCCCCCAAUAACUUUAUCCUACUUGCACACAUGAUCAGCCGCCUAUUUUACAACGGCAGUUUGUACCCUGCCUACAAGCUCACCUUGUGCCUCAGUUGCUUCAACAACUGCAUAGAUCCCUUCAUUUAUUAUUUUGCAUCAAAAGAAUUUUACCAGAAAUUCAUGCAAUUGUUUCACCCUACGGUACUGCUCAGCGACAGCUUGGAAAACAGAAGGGAAAGUUUAUUCUCUGGCAGGACCAUGUCAGCCAGAUCGAUGUCAAGUGGACCUAUGGAUGGGUUAGAGGGAGUAAGGAUCAAUUUGGAAAGGCAGGAAAGUGUUUUUUAGCUUUAGAUAUUCCCAGAAGAAAGACACCUGCGAAACUCAUGAGUAGACACAGAAAACAUUUCCUUUGGAAAGGCCAUGCUCAAAAUACCUUGCUCCAGUGACAGAACUCAAGCUGUAUUUAAAUUGCAUUUCAGGAUUUUCUGGUCAUGGAAGUGCUAAAGGAACUGAAUUUCUCCAAGAAGGCACUGAAGCAGGGUUAACCUGGAAAUAGCCUUGCUGCAUAAGACCAAGGGACAGGUUUAAAACAGUUACUCUCAGGUUGUACUAUAGUUAACCAAAGACUUGCAAUUCUCAGUGAAUGUAAAACAUUACUGUACAUGAAUUACAGCAUACACCAAAGCUGGUUUGGGAGUAACGCAGUUGUUUUUCUAAAGAAUGUGCCAAGCUUUGUUUUUGUUUUUUGAUUAUAUUUGCUUCUCUGUUGUUGUAUUUUUAUAAAAGAAAGAAUAAAAGUAGCAUGGUAUUUUACCAUUAAUGCAUAAUGCAGAGCCACUGUGAAAUCACCACAACACUCACCCAACUGGUUUUCAAAGUCAAACCAAACUGACACUUGAAAAGGUUAGGUUGACUCACAUUAUUUAUUUAUUUCAAUCUUAUACAGCAAAACGUCUCAUACAAUGAAAGGAAAGCUAACAAUGUUUGCAAAUACAGCUGCACUUCUUGAAGUUAUUCAUUUCUCAGGACUAUGGGGAGCACUUUAUUUAAAGUAACAGACCUUCCCACAUUAACCUAUUAUAGUACCAAUGCUGCUUGUAUGGGGUUAGUAUCAACUAGUCAUUUUCACCAAUGUGAAAAGGCUACACAUAGAAGAACCAUCCCCCUCAGCAGAAUUUAGCUUUACAUAGCGCCUGGGGAGUGAUGUUUUCUUCCUUACAGAGAUGGUGUAGAUUAUAAACCAGAUUUUCAGCUGCAUAAAUGAAAAUUCAACCACAGACUGGAGAGUCAUUCUGUGCCAGCAGAAACCAGAUGAAAACUUUUCCUGAUGGCCAUAUGUCAGAAACAGACUUCUUUCAGGCAGGCAAGAAGGAAGAAGAAAAGAAAGAUGAAAAUAAGGCUUGAGAAUGGGAGUUGUACAAAACAUCCUGAAAAUAAGUUAUGGCAGGUAGGUUGAGCAGUCCUGUGUUCGGAGCCCUCCUCUGAAAUAUCUUUCUACAGCUUGUUUGCAUAUUGUGUGCCAUGUUUAAUCCUUCUCACUUCUCAACAACUUCCUGCAUGCCUGGAAAGACAACUGCUACAGAACAUGCACUGGGGACAGACAAAAGAGAAUGUUUUCCUGUAGUAUUUACAGCUUUUUACCUACAUUUGACUCUCACUGACAGAGGAGAGACGCAAACCACCUGAGAAGACCAGACAAGACCCCCUCACAAGCAAGACAAAAAUACACCAUAUCCUUUUGCUGCAUU